GGGGGUGGCAUUCGAGAUUCGUGGUGGGGCAAUAAGCUGCCUCUAACUUGUGGCAUCAGACCUGAUCGACCGUUAGUAGAGCAGGUACUUCCAAAAAGGAUGUGGCACUGGGACACAGGAAGAAGCAUCGCACUGCAGGCCUUGAGCAUUCAUCGCCACAACGCGUCUGACACUUGGCGAUCUCGUCGGACCUUACCAAUCUAACAGACGUCGUUGGGGAUUAGCAACGAGGGUGCUCGGCAUUUCGCCUUGACUCGCGGCACUAGGGCUAAAAUAGGCUGGGAAACACUGCUAUAUAAGAAAGAGUUAGCCAAUAGAUGAGCAUAAUCGUCCAUGAUUCCCACGAUGUGAGCAAAGGAGGAAAGCGUCCAACGUCAGGCUCAAAGCUGGAGACCUCUUCCCAGGAACUGCGUAGUUCCUUGUGUCAAUACAGGACUAGACUGUGUACUCCCCUGCUUAGUUGCUGCCUUAGAGCUCCUUCAGCAUUGUGUGUGUUUGCGUUCCCUUUUUUCCAGCAACUGCAGAAGCAUGCCACUCUGGGUGAUAAGAAUGGUAAUCUAUACAGGAAACAAUGUAGAUGUUGGAGGUUUUAAAUAGUAGUUUUGCAUCUGUAUUUACUCAGGAGAUUGGACACAGAGUCUGUAGAAGUGAGGCAAAGCAGCAUCAACUUCAUGAAGCCUGUACAGAUUACAGAGGUGGAGGUGUUUGCUGUCCUAAGGCAAAUUACCAUGGGUUAAAAAUGACAAGGAAAUUGUCUAUGGGAAUUCAAACAAAACUCGCCAGUUUUGCUGUCUCUGUCCAGAUAUUUAAGAAGUGGAGCAAGGGAUUCCCUCGAUCAUCCUUCCGGCUCAGACUGUGGGAAGGGAUUCACUCUAUCAUCUGACCGAUUGGCACGCCCGUUAUUUUACACAGGUAACAUUCACCUGUUCAGACUGGGAACGGAAUCACUCGUUCAUCUCAACUAAAGGUACGUCAGCAAGAUCACACUGGGACAAGGCUAUUCACUUGUUCUGUGUGUGAGAAGGGAUUCAGACGAUCUUCCCACCUGUGGACACACCAGUCAGUUCACAUUGGGCAGUGGCUGGUCAUCUGCUGAAAUUGUGGGGAAGGAUUCACUCGGUCAUCUGACCUAAUGGCAUACCAGCGAGUUCACACUGGGGAGCGGCCGUUCACCUGCUCAAACUGCGGGAAGGAAUUAAUUUCCUCUUCUCAACUGAAGGGACAUCAACGAGUUCACACUGGGGAGAGGCCGUUCACCUGCUCAGACAGUGGGAAGGGAUUCACUUCGUCAUAUCACCUACAGAGACACCAAUCAGUUCACUCUGGCGAGAGGCCGUUCACCUGUUCAGAUUGUGGGAAGAGAUUUACUCGGUCAUCUGAACUGAAGAUAUUUAAGAAGAGGAGCAAGGGAUUCAUUCAACCAUCCUUCUGCACAGACUGUGGGGAGGGAUUCACUCGUUCACCUAACCAACUGGCACGCCUGUCAUUUUACAGAAGGGAAAGGCUGUUCACCUGCUCAGUUUGUGGGAAUGGAAUCACUCGGUCAUCUCAACUGAAGGAUUGUUAUAAAACACCACUGUCCUCUAAAGACUGAAAUCAGAAUGGAAACCAUUAAUUGGACGUUCAACUCAGCAGGAUCAGAAACCAGAGGCGGGUCCGCACAGGGCAGAGUUUGGUGCUCUGGAGGAUGGUCGGAGUAAGAACGUAUGAUGAGGAGAAGGGAAUUAACAGCGGGACGUGGCUACAAAUGACACAGAGGAAACAUUUGGAAGCGGAUUGACAGAGAAAAUCUUUUGUUUGUCUGACUGAUGGCACAAGCAAUACCUGUGGUGAGAUGUUCUACUGGUCGAACGUGUGUGUUGGGAAUGGUUUUAUCUAUUGAAGAAGUUGUUUCUGCUUGUUUAUCUUGUAAUGUUAUAUCCGGGUGUUUAUUAUGGAUUAUCCUAUCUGAAAUAAUGUAUUGAUUAUCAUAUAAUUUGUAAGAUUUUGACUCUAAAACUGCAUCAGGCUGGAAUUUAUGGUGCCUUUAUGAAGUGAUGGAGGGCAUUCGUGAGUUGGUAUUUUAAAGCAAGAUUUUGGUGAAUGAUAUUUGCCACUUGUUUGUAGCUUUAUAAAUAAUCAGAUUGAGUUAAACUUUUGCAGGAUCCUGGAAUGUGUUGGAUUGUGUCUGGUUUCUCUUGGCAUUUUCUGUACUUACUGCCUUGUUUUUUGUAUUUAAUGCAUUUUGGAUUUUUUUUCUUUCUUUUGUUAACUACUUUGUCCUGUAUUUCUGAAAGGGACCCCUCUGUUUCUGGGAAGAGGUCUCCAACUCUCUGUCAGGUGCUCGAUGCUCCCUUAUCACCAUCUCGUCUGCUCAGAUCAUUGAGAUGUCUCCCAUGGAGGGUCAUAUUCAUUCCAGUUGUUAAUGUUUCCUUCCAGAGUGAUGAUUCAUUUUUCUGAGUGGGCCUCGCAUUGAAUGUUUCUGGUCUGUAUUGCUUAUCACGAUUGCACAUGGAGUAGCGAAUCCUGUUCAUUUUUGAUGAAAACAUAUACUUACUUU